GGGCGGCGGGGCGGCCUCGGAGGUUCGUGCUCGGCUCCGGCUGCGCGCUCGCGGCUGCAGGCCUAGGCUGUCGGUGCUGCGUUCGGUGAGUCCAGGACCCAGCUUCCAGAAUGUGGCACUCCUUAGCCUUCCUGUGCUGCCUGCUGGUGCUGACCAGUGCCCAGAGCCGGCUUUCCUUCCGCCCGCUGUCAGACGAGCUGCUCAACUACAUCAACAAGCAGAACACGACGUGGCAGGCUGGACACAACUUCUACAACGUGGAUGUGAGCUACCUGAAGAAGCUGUGUGGCACCCUCCUGGGUGGGCCUCGGCUGCCUGAGAGAGUUCAGUUCGCUGAGGACAUAGAUCUACCUGAAAGCUUCGAUGCACGGGAACAUUGGCCCAACUGCCCCACCAUCAAGGAGAUCAGAGACCAGGGCUCCUGUGGCUCCUGCUGGGCUUUUGGAGCUGUGGAAGCUAUUUCUGACCGGAUCUGCAUCCACACCAACGGGCACGUGAACGUGGAGACCUCCGCGGAGGACUUGCUCACCUGCUGUGGCAGCCAGUGUGGGGACGGCUGUAAUGGUGGCUAUCCCUCUGGAGCUUGGAACUUCUGGACCAAAAAAGGCCUGGUUUCCGGCGGCCUGUACAAUUCCCAUGUCGGCUGCAGACCGUACUCCAUCCCCCCGUGCGAGCACCACGUGAACGGCUCCCGGCCCCAGUGCACGGGGGAGGGUGACACCCCCAAGUGCAGCAAGUCCUGCGAGCCCGGCUACACCCCGUCCUACAGAGAAGACAAGCACUACGGGUACACCUCCUACAGCAUCUCUGGAAGCGAGAAGGAGAUCAUGGCCGAGAUCUACAAAAACGGGCCGGUGGAGGGCGCCUUCACCGUCUUCUCCGAUUUCCUGAUGUACAAGUCAGGUGUGUACAAGCAUGUGACCGGAGAUAUGAUGGGCGGCCACGCCAUCCGCAUCCUGGGCUGGGGAACCGAGAAUGGUGUCCCCUACUGGCUGGUGGCCAACUCCUGGAAUGUUGACUGGGGUGACAAGGGCUUCUUUAAAAUCCUCAGAGGAGAGGAUCAUUGUGGCAUCGAAUCCGAGAUCGUGGCAGGAAUCCCACGCACUGACCAAUACUGGGGAAGGUUCUAAUGGGCUGCAGGCCUGGCUGGUUCUAGGAGAGGUGUCCCCACAGGUAUGGUCUUGUAGCUGGGAGUGAGAUGGGGCAGGAAUAGCUCUUAUCCUUGGAGUUCACAUAAGAUCCAAGAGGUUUUAGACAAAACCUGAAGGACUGAAUUGAACCAAACUCACGCCUGCCAUCAGCGGUCUUCUGAGGAGACUUGUGUGGACAGACAGCACACCCAGAGUCUCCCAUCUAGACUAGUGCUGUAUGUAGCGUCCGCUGUCCAGCUCUGCUGCAUCCCUCCGCCCCCGCCCUCCUCCGGAGCACCUCCCGCCCAGGCAGACCGCACACCCAGGGCGGAGUUCCUCAAAGGACAAAUGCUGCUCCGAGCAUCGCACCUCCUGACCUGUGACCCGUGCAGAGAGCAUGCGUGCAGUCCGUCCUCUGCAGAAAGCCCCCGCAUCCAUCCCUCCUUCCAGGACCUCUAGCCUUGCCCUAGGCUGCUUUUUUUUUUAAAUAGGAGUUUGGUUUGCUUUGGGUUUUGUUUUGUUUUGUGCACCUCAGCUGAUCAUGUGAAUGAACAAGACUAAGAGUUGGAAGAUUUUCUCCUCGUGGCCUGGCUUGAAGCAAGCCACGGUGUCAAGAUUUGCUGGCUGAUCUACUGACCUCCACUACCACAGUGAACUUAGUUUGGGAGAAAACGGCUUUUGCUGUUUCUUUUUUUAAAAAGAGAAAAAAAAUCACUGCUUAACCGUGUCCAUCUUUAACAAGGAAUGACUGUGCCAAUAAAAGAUUGCUCCAGCUUGAA